AUGAGCUCCCACCGCAGCGAGAGCGACUGGCAGGGUCUGCUGAGCGAGUAUCUGGUGUGCAAAAGGAAACUUGAAAGUAAAAAGGAGGCAUUGCUAAUCCUUUCCAAAGAGCUGGACACCUGUCAGCAAGAAAGAGACCAGUACAAACUUAUGGCCAACCAGCUGCGGGAACGACACCAGUCUCUGAAAAAGAAGUAUCGGGAGCUGAUUGAUGGGGAUCCGUCGCUUCCACCUGAAAAGAGGAAACAGGCAAAUCUUGCUCAACUACUUAGUGAGGCUCAAGAUCGAAAUAAACAUCUUGGAGAAGAGAUUGGAGAGCUACAACAGAGACUGGGAGAAGUACAAGGGGACAAUAAGCUCCUUCGAAUGACCAUAGCAAAGCAAAGACUGGGAGAUGAUGAAGUUGGGGCUCGCCACUUUGCAGCACAUGAACGGGAGGACCUUGUUCAACAGUUGGAGAAGGCUCGAGAACAGAUUGAGACUCUGAGGUAUGAUCUUCAGGCUGCACUGGAUGAGUUACAGGAUGUGAAAGAGGAACGUUCUGUUUACCAAGAUAAGUCUGACAGACUAAACCAAGAGUUGAAUCAUGUCUUAGGAGGGCAUGAAAACCGUAUCAUUGACAUAGAUGCUCUGUGUAUGGAGAACAGGUAUCUUCAAGAGAGAUUAAAACAACUUCAGGAGGAAGUCAACCUUCUGAAGUCUAGUAUUACUAAAUACAAGAAUGCACUAGAGAGACGAAAAAAUUCAAAGACUCAUAGUAGAUCCAGUAGCAGUGCUCUGACUGGAGUCCUUUCUGCAAAGCAAGUCCAAGAGUUGUUGUCGGAGGAUCAUGGAUGUAGUCUACCAGCCACACCACAGUCCAUUUCAGAUCUCAAAUCACUGGCCACUGCAUUACUGGAAACCAUCCAUGAAAAAAACAUGGUCAUACAACACCAAAGACAAACCAACAAAAUUCUAGGUAAUCGAGUGGCAGAACUAGAAAAGAAAUUAAGAACUUUGGAAAUCGCUGGCUUGUGGAGUCUUCCAGGCCUGAGCUACAAUGUCUCAGUGGGAUUUGGGAGUGGGAAGGAUACAAUAACAUUCAGCGACCCAACCCUGCCUGUGAUACAGCGGGCCAGGUCACCCUUGUUAGCGUUUGCUGAUAAGCCACAGAGAACUGAAGUACAAGCAGAACAGAAGGGAGAACGAGAUGAAACUUAUGCUGUUGCAAGUGAGUCCCUGGCUCCAGAGGGAACAAAUGUAAAUAACAGAAUCCAAAAUAAACAUUUUUACCCUUCAUUACCCCAGCUACCUUCUGAGGAAGAAGACAUAAACAAGCUUGGAAGUCAGAUAAUUAAACUGACAGUUGCAGAACUGGAAGGGAAAAGAGGAGGCGCUCCUGUGGGGGAGCAAAAUGUGGGAGUUGGAGCAGAGCUUAAUGAUUCAUCAGAGAUAGAGUUCCCACUUUCCAGCCCUGAUCCAUCUGACCCCACAGAUCCCUCAAACUCUGAGAAUGAAAGAACAGGUGAAACUGAGGUCCUGAAAGACAAUGACAAAACCUUAGAGAGAGAUUGUGACAUUCCAAAUGAAAGAGGGGAUCAAAAUAGCAGCACCAUGGAUGUGGUGCAUAUUGAAGAUGCUGGAAGGCAUGGAGGGCUCAGUGUUAAAACUGCAGACACAAAUAACAGCUUUGAGGAGCUCUCUGGAUCUGAAAACAAGAAACCAUCUGAUCCUGCUGAAAACCGUGAAUAUUUGGAUAACAGUUUGGCUUGA